AUGAAUAAAAAUUUAUCACUGCUUGACUUGAGUUAUAACUCUUUGACUCAUAUUAAACAAGAUACAUUUUUUGGUCUUAAAACAAAGGUAUUAGAUAUAUCACAUAAUAAAAUUAUUGAAAUUGAUGAUGGUGUAUUUAAAAACAUGAAUAUUGAUCAUCUAUAUUACUAUCAUAAUGUUGGUGUUUUUAAUAAUUCUCGUAAUUGGUAUCUUGAUGAUUCACAAAUAGAAAAUAACUGUGUUACUCAAGAUACAUACAGAAUUUGUAUGAAAAGAAAAACUUUAACAUCUAUUGAUAUGCCAUAUGAACAUUCAUUUUCUCAAUCAUUAUUGUCGUCUUUUGUCGGAUGGCUUAUAACAAGUGAUACACUUAAAAUAUCUGACGAGAGAAUAUCGUCAAUGGGUAAAUAUGUAUUUAAAGAUUUUGAAUUUUUCAUUCAUCCUGAAUCAUUUGAUGGUUUGUUAAAUUUGGAAAAUUUAGAAUUAAAUGUUGGACCUGUUGAACUUAAAGAAAAUUUAUUUGAUGGUUUAAUAUCACUAAAAUAUUUAAAAAUUGAAAUUAAAUAUAAUCCACAAUCACCUUCGAAAUAUAUCAAUAAUGUAUUAAAAACUGUUCCAAGUUUGAGGGUAUUGGAAAUUUUAAAAAGUGAUUCAGUUAAUAUUUGUGAAAAUCCAAGAUCCAAUAACAAUUUACUGUCUAUCACAGGUCUUUAUUAUACUGGUGGAUCAAUCAGUAAAUUACCAACAAAUUCAUUAUUGUGUCUACAGAAUCUGGAAAAAUUGUCAAUAACACAAACACAACUGACGACAAUUGAAGCUGGUGUAUUUGAUUCAAUGGAUACUCUCAAAUAUAUAAAUUUGGCACUCAACAAAAUAACUCAUAUUUCUACUGGUGUUUUUAAUUAUUUAAAUAACCUAAUUACACUCGAUCUAAACCAUAAUAAAAUCAGUGACAUCGAUAGUAAAUCAUUGAUGAAAUCUGAUAAUAAUAAUUUACGUCUUCUCAAUUUAAGUUACAAUGAACUCACAGUUAUUAAAAAAGAUAUUUUUAAAAAUUACUCCAGUAAAAGAAGUUUGGAAGAUUCCUUCAUUUACUUUUGUUCAUCAUAA